UCCUCCCGCGGAUAAGAUCGAGCGGCGGACGCGCAAGCGCCACCACAGGCUCGUCCCCGCCACCGGCCUAUAAAUCCCACGGCGCACCUCCGAGUCCGGCACCGUAAUCCUCUCUCCAUCACUCUUCCUUCCUCCUCGACGACGACGAAGAAACACUCCAAGAAACCAAGAACACCACACACACACCCACCGACACACGGCAGGCGAGAACGAACAGACAAGGAAACAAUAAUGGCUUCGUCGCUCGCGUCGACGCCGGUGUUCCCCAGCUGCGGCGCGCGGCGCGGCGCCCGGUGCGUGGCGCGCGCGUCCGCGUCCGCGGUGGCGGUGGCGGUGGCGUCUCCGUCGGCGGCGAGGACGCACUACGAGGUGCUCGGGGUCGGGGCCGGCGCCAGCAGGUGCGAGAUCAAGGCGGCGUACCGGCGCCUGGCGAGGGAGGUGCACCCGGACGCCGGCGGCCGCGGCGACGAAGGGUUCAUCCGCCUGCACGACGCGUACGCCACGCUCGCGGACCCCGACGAGCGCGCGCGCUACGACCGCGCCGUGGCCGUCGCCGCGCCGGUCCGGAGCGGCAGCUGGGCCGCGCCGUCAGGGUCCGGGUCGGGGUUCCGGCCGCGGAGGUGGGAGACCGACCAGUGCUGGUAGUAGCAGCAUAGCACCAUCGCCACGUAGCUGUGCGGCGCUCCACGCCUGCACGCGUCCCUCCGCUCGAGCGCGGCGGCCGGUGGAGUCGCCGGACGCCGGAGCGCGGCUCGAUGGUCUGGUCCCCGGGCCCGGGGCCAGCUCAGCUGCGACCGACGGGGAUCGUAUUGAAGAUGGGCCGCAUGGAAAAUGGAACGGAUCGCGAUCCUGGCGGCCCACAUGAGCUGGAUCGUGGACGUUAUGGGCCGGAGGCUCCGUGGGCCUUGGCGCCACUGGCGAUGAGGAUGCCGCGGCCUGCGGGCCGAGAGAGCAGGGGUCGCGUGGACGCCUCUCUUUCUUCGUGUCCAUCUUGCCAUCAUAGCUGCACGAAGAGAGGCAUUUUUAACAUCUCUUGUGUACUACUAGUACUUGCUAAAAUGCUGCUAGUGAUUGCUAUGCUUGUAAAAUACGUGCAAUUCUAUGUGAAUUAUGGACGGAUAUUUGUCUA